CUCUCCUCCUCCACGACUCCACUUCGCCAGCCCUGCUUCUGCCACUGCUUGCAACUGCUGCUGUUGCUACUGCCACCACUAAUCCUAGCGCUGUGACUAGCGACUGGCUGCCUGCCCUGCGCCCUGCCUUGUCUGCUGUCUGUCCACUGACUUGGCCUUGGCGCCAAACCAACAACCACCACCCAAAGCCCAGGCCCAACCAGACACCAUCCAACACCACCAACCAUCCAACCCUUUGCUUUUUCUUCCCUUCUCUUCACUCCUCCUCCUCUCCUCCGCUCAUCGUCACCGCCGUUGCAUUCAUCGCGGCUUCAUCUCAUCGCGGUUCUUCUUCUUCUUCUUUUUUUUCUUUCUUCUCCCGCGUGCCUCCGUCGCCUGGUGCUCGCUCGCUCCGUCGCCCGCCCGACCGCUUUCGCCACGCGGCUGCCGCCUUCGUCAUCAUCUCCAAAACCAAACUCGGUCGCCCUCGACACACGCCCAUUCCCGCAGCUCGCUCCUCACGACUCUUGCCCGCUACGGCGGUAGCCCCGCCCAGUAUUUUCUCGAAAUAAUCGUCGCUCUCCAUACUGUCACCAGCAUCAUCAUCAUCAUCGCUCGUGCCGCCGCCCGCCGCUGCUGCUGCACCAGUCAGUGACGCUACGCCACCAUGGAUUCCUACCGACCCGAUCCCUCAUCCGCCCUCACAGGCAUCAUCAUCGGCCUCGUCUCCUCCUUCGGCUCUAUAAUCCUCAUCUCCCUCGUCAUAUUCAUCUUUUGGGCUUCAGGAUGCGCGGGCUCAAGCCGUAUUUUGCUCGACCGCUUUGGCCGGCCCGGCGAGUACGAUGACGAGCAGCAGUUUCUCCGCGACGAGGAAGAGGCUCUGCUGACCAUGGACGACAUGGCCAGAACCGAAUAUCUCAGAGCAAAAGCAUUUGUAACAGCAAACCCGCCCGAGUCCUUGCAGACCGACAUCUCUCUCUCACAAUACCUCGCCAUCCAGGAAAAGGGCAUCUCUGCCUGGGAGUUUGAGCCCGAGCUUGAAAUCGCAAACUGCUUCGUCGAAGGCCGAACAGAAAUCGAAUUCUACGACUCGGAAUGUACAGUCAUGUGCAACCUGCCGGUCCCCAAACAAAACGACGUUUACUACUGGGAAGCCAAGAUUUACGAAAAGCCCGAAUCUACCACGCUUGGCAUCGGCAUGGCCACAAAGCCAUACCCACUAUUCCGUCUUCCUGGCCUGCAUAAAUACUCAGUCGCCUACCACUCUGACGGUUCGCGUCAUUAUAACCAGCCCUUUACUUCCACACCCUACGGCCCGGCUCUCGUUCAAGGCGAUGUCGUCGGUGUUGGAUACCGACCUCGCACUGGUGCCAUCUUUUUUACUCGCAACGGCAAACGUCUCGAAGAGGUUGUCCAUGGCCUCAAGUCGCAAAACUUCUUCCCCGCCAUCGGAGCAACCGGCCCUGCCACCGUCCACGUCAACCUCGGUCAGGCCGGCUUCGUCUUUAUCGAGGCCAAUGUCAAGAAAUGGGGUCUUGCUCCGGUAACUGGAAGCCUUGCGCCACCUCCUCCGUACGGCUCUGAACAGGGUAGUAUCCUUUUGGAAACGGGCAACAAGGAUUCCUAUACCCCAUCAUCUCACGGCCACCGUCACGGAAACUCAUUCAGCGGCUCAACUUAUAGCGUCCCCAGCGCAGCUCGCCACGGCCGAACUCGAAGCGGCAACUUUCGCAUCCUCCCACCAACCAGCCCUGGUCCUGCUCGCAGUUCUACCGACAUCUCGCUGGCCCAGCUCGUCCCUACCGACGAAGCCGACGAGGCCAGCCAUGAAACAGAACACGACAGCAACCCACUCCGACUGCACCUCGAAGACGCCACCAACCCUCCGCCAGACUACACCAGUCCCACUCAAUCCGACAGCGAGCGGUCUCGCCGCAACAGCACCGAUAGCGACGAGGAACCCUUGAUCCAUGUUGUUAACCGCAGCAGGAACAACUCGGCUGCUAUCCCCGUGCCCCCAGCACCACCCGCCGCCGCACAGCGACUGUCUCCUGUACCGAGCUACCGCGAUGCCGUAGGCGAAGAGGUUGAGGCCGCCGAAACCGACUCAGCCAGCGAGUCUGACUCCGAGCAAGAAUCGUGAUUGCAAUGAGUACGUCUGUGCAUACAUACUCUGGAAAGUGAGACCCAUACACGACGGAUGAUAUACAAGUCUUUUGUCUUUUCUAGUCUCCAACUGCCUUUCUCUCUUUUUCUCUGAUGUCUUUUAUUUUUCUGCUUAGCGAUGGAUGGGAUUACUACUACUACUACUGAUUACUUGCAUUGGCGCCGGGCGUGUUUUCUUCACUCACAUAAGCAUUGUUUGAUAUUACCUCUUUUUUUUUUUGCUCUAUGAACCUCGUUUUGCUAUUACCGAAAACUGUGGCUCAAGUUUCUGCCACGGCUGGUUUCUUGUUGGGAUGAAUGGAUGGAUGGAUAGACAAUGGGGUUGUCCUAUCACUCACUCGUUGGAUCAAUCAUGAAUACAUAUCUUUUUCACUCUUCCAUUUUUCGAUCGUCCCUGACUUAUGUAUUCAAUGUGACAAUAAGCUGAAUAAUAACAAACUGUAUGUAUACCCUGUUACACAGUGAGGCGUCGUGACGGUUGGGAGGCAGGGAGUAGAGCAAACCACCACCGGCCUGGAUGAUUCCUACUCGACGCCACUGUCAUGGUAUAUGGCACAGUUUCGCCACAUAGGAUUAAAGCACGCAUAGAUACUGCUCUCAGAGAUAUCGUGAGGGAUAAUUCUGGUAGUGGUGAUCGGUCUCAUCGGCACCAGUGGUUCUGUCGAUAAACCAAGACUAAUUCAACCAGUAUGGAUUUAUAGAGAUACAAGUAAAAGACAGUCACAUAUUAAAGAACAGAAAAUUCGAAGUCAAAAAGUUCGGUCUGGUAUUAAAUCCUCCGCAGUAAUCCAAAUCAUCCAUAAUCAAAUCAAACAAAAGCCAUUUUUGCCAUCGCGGCUAAUCUCAGUAAUACAUGUUUCCAAACGCCAUGCUAAUAAACCAGAAAAUCAUAAAAGAUCAGAAAAAAUCAAAAUCGCUCGCUAUGCAAGAGGCCCAUGUACGGCCAGUGUAAUGCCCAAAAGUUGUAUGUUCAUGCCAAGGAGUGUCUAUGUUGUUGUUCAUAAGGAGUGCAUUCAUCAUCGUGAGAUGGUGUGGGUAUCAUAAAGGAGUGUCGUGCCACGCUGGGCAUAUUAGUGUCGUCAAGGAUAGCAACGUAUUAAAAAUAAUACAGGGCCCGUGAGGGCAAAAGUGUGUGUUUCGAGAUCAACUCGGAAGGAAGGUAUCGUGCGUCAACAAUAGUAGACGAGUUGGAGAUAAGCGAGUGUGUAAGGAGUGUGAUACAUGGUGCUCUUGUUGCAAAAGAGAUGAAAAAAAUGAAGCAAGCAGAAAAAAACAAAACCAAAACAAGUUUGUGAAAGCAAAAAGCAGAAGAUGUCGCUCAAGAUCAAAGAGCUCGUCGCUUCCCGUUCUUAUCGUCUUGUGCAAACAGAGGCGCUUGACGAAGAGGAGAAGAAGCAUGGGGCCCAGAGGAGAGAGAAGCAGUAUGACGGUGUCGAAACUGUGCAGGCGAGCUUUGCAGCGGCGACUCUGGGCGAGGAAGCAUGCUCAGAGUCAAGUCUGUGGGCAGAGAGGCUGCCGAGACGCUGCGCGGACCCAUGCCGUAAAACGAGUACGACUGGGCGGUAGAUGAAGAAGGCCUGAAAAGUAGAAAAAAAAGUGUCAAUCCGUCUGUCUCUUUGUCUCAAAGGGGGCAGGCUGCCGACAUGGCUCAAAUCCACACGGUCUGCUGGGGGGAAACGAACCCGACGCCAAAGUUGUUCUGCGCAUCCCCAAACAGGGUCGACUGGUCAGCCGGGAAAGCAGGCAUGUCAAAAGUACCAAAGUCCUCGGGGUCACUGUAGGCCACGGAGCCCUCAAAAGUAGAGGACGCGGGCGAGUAAGCAGCGAACGAGGGCGAAGGCACGUUGAGGUACUGCUGUCCGACAAAGGGGGAAGACGCCAUAAGAGGGCUUCCUUCGACCUGGGUGGUGGGCAUGGGGGCGUUCAGCAUGGCCAUCUCCUCGCCACUGUAACUAAAAGCAGGGUUGCUGUAGAGCGUGUAGGGCUCAGAGAUGGGGGCCAUGGCAAGCUCCUCGUUGAUGUGGAAGUUGGGAGGGUUGAACUGAGGGAACGACUGGGUACGCUCAGGUGUGUUCCAGCCCAUGCGAGUGCGGAACUCGGUAACGGUGUCAAUGGGGAACUCCAUGAGGGUCAGAGGAGUCUGAGCCUCAAUCUUGGACUGAGAAGAACCGCCAACGGCCAUGAGGCGACGAGCAAUGGACUCGACGGGGAUGAUGGACAUGCUGCCAAAGUAGGCGGCGCCAAUCUCGGGGAAGAGACGCUCCAUGUGCAGAGCCACGGUGUAAAGGUGGGCAAUGACGACAAGCGAGUUGGGAGCGCCCUGGUACUGCUGCAGGUGGCUGACGGGCAGCCAGAAGAGCCAGGUACGGAGAGGCUGGAGGCGCUCAAACUGCUGGGCGACAGACAUGGUAGCGGUGAUCUUGCGAGAUCCCUUGAGGAAGCCAAUGAGGUGCUGCAUCUGGCUGAUGUCCUCACCGUGGUUGUGGAGGUGAGCCUCAACCUUGGUAAGCUGCUCAACAGUCUUCUGGAAGGCAUAGAGAUCAUCCUUGCGAGGCUGGCUGGGGCGGUGCUCGGGCUCAGGAGAGGCGGGAGCAGUGGGGAACGUGCAGCUCUCAGCAAUGAAGUCGGUGAAGCAAGAUUGGUACUUCCAGUCUCCCAUGGCUUCGAUGACAGCAGAGGUGCCCUGCAUGAGCUGGGUCCAGCUGCGCCAGUCAGCCGCCUGCCACGAAAGAACGAGGGAGGCAGCGAGGAUGGCGUCAGAGGUCUCAGGGGAGAAGGAGCCGAUGGCAAGGUGCAGGCCGGAGAGGGCGAUGCCGCGGUGCUCAAAGGCCAUGUUGCUCACAAGACGGCAGUCGGUGAUGAAAGCAAUGUGCAUGGCGGAAAAGGCCAGGAGCGCAUGCAUGACAAAGGGGUUGGUAGCACCGAUGCUGAUCAGGGUGGGAACAUAGCGAGUCCAGAGAGUGAAGUUGUUGCCCUCCAUAGAGUCGAGCUGGGCGUAGACAGCAGCUACGUGGUAGAUGAGGCGCAGAUCCUCAAGCGAGUACAUCUGAGCAACAGGCUCGGGGAAGACGUUGAGCGAAGGGAAGGGGAAGACGCCCGUCUGCUGCCACUGGACAAUAGCGGUUUCGAUCUCGGGAGUCCACAUGAGAUCGGCCUUGUCGGGAGUGGGAGCACGCUGAGGCUCAGGUGCAACCUUGACAUCGUUGUACGGGCAGCGGAUCUUGUGCUUGGUGCAGUUGUUGCUAGAGGUCGGAGGUCAGCAUUUUGGAAACGCUAGUGCAGCUGCAGUGCGAGGCGGGGACUUACCAUUGAGGGAAGCUUUCAUCACAGCGGAUGUGACGACGCUUGCAGGUUUCACAGCCCUUGCGGGACUUGGUGUGGCUGUUUCGAGUUCAUUAGUAUGUGCG